AUGGCGCCCACCGCAACUCAAGACCCUGUCCCUGUCCCCGUCCCUUCCUCCAAGGCGGCCUCGCACGGCUAUGUCCAUCCCAGCGACAUACUCCCCUCUGGCUGGCCCACCGCGACCGAUCUGUCCGGCGGCGCUCAGCCUCGCCGCUUCGAAGGUACCAUCUUUGACGUCAUGGUAAGAGGCACCAUCCCAAAAGAGCUCUACGGUACUUUUUACCGAAUCAUGCCCGACUAUGCCGAGGCUCCCACCUACUACAAGGGCGGCGAACUCAACGCACCCAUCGACGGCGAUGGCACCGUCGCCGCAUUCCGCUUCAAAGACGGAAAGGUCGACUACCGUCAGCGUUUCGUCGAGACCGACAGGUUCAAGGUGGAGCGUCGUGCCAGGAAGAGCAUGUACGGCCUCUACCGCAACCCGUACACCCACCAUCCGUGUGUGAGGCAGACCGUCGACUCGACGGCCAAUACCAACGUCGUCAUGCACGCCGGUAGGUUCCUCGCCAUGAAGGAGAACGGCAACGCCUACGAGCUCGAUCCGCACACGCUCAAGACGCUCGGCUACAAUCCCUUCAACCUUCCCUCCAAGACCAUGACCGCGCACCCCAAGCAGUGUUCCGUCACCGGCAACCUCGUCGGCUUUGGCUACGAGGCCAAAGGCCUGGCCACCAAGGACGUCUACUACUUCGAAGUCGACCCCUCCGGCAAGGUCGUUCACGAUCUGUGGCUCGAAUCCCCCUGGUGUGCUUUCAUUCAUGACUGUGCUCUGACGCCCAACUACCUCGUCCUCAUGCUGUGGCCUUUCGAGGCCAAGCUCGACAGGAUGAAGGCUGGCGGACACCACUGGGCCUACGACUAUGAAAAGCCCAUCACCUGGAUUACCAUCCCUCGCGGUGCCAAGAGCAAGGACGAGGUCAAGUACUGGCACUGGAAGAACGGCAUGCCCAUCCACACCGCCUCUGGCUUUGAGGACGAUCAGGGUCGUAUCAUCAUCGACUCGUCGCUGGUGCAUGGAAACGCGUUCCCCUUCUUCCCGCCGGACACGGAGGAGCAGAGGCAGAAGCAGCAGACCGCUGGAACGCCCAAAGCGCAGUUCGUGCGGUGGACCAUCGACCCACGCAAGGACAACAACGUCCAACUCCCCGACCCGGAAGUCAUCCUCGACACGCCCUCCGAAUUCCCGCAGAUCGACAACCGAUUCAUGGCCGUCGAGUACUCGAGCGCCUUCAUCAACGUCUUCGUCCCCGAUCGCAGCGAUGGCAACAAAAACGUCUUCCAGGGUCUCAACGGUCUGGCGCACUACCGACGCAAAGAGGCGAGUGUGGAGUGGUACUAUGCCGGCGACAACUGUUUGAUCCAGGAGCCCGUGUUCAGUCCUCGUUCGGCGGAUGCUCCUGAGGGCGAUGGGUUUGUGAUGGCUAUCGUCGAUCGACUCGAUCUGAACCGCAGCGAGGUGGUGGUCAUCGACACGAGAGACUUUACGAAAGCGGUGGCGGCGGUGCAGCUGCCCUUUGCCAUUCGAUCGGGCAUUCACGGUCAAUGGAUCCCCGGUCAGGUCACGCCGGACUUUGACACCAAGGGUCUGGUGGAUCUGCCCAAGGAGGAGCACUGGGCGCCCAAGUCUCAGAGCGCGUUCGAUCCGAAUGCGUGA